GGAAGCGGCUUAGAUGAGGAGGAAGGGGGGGCGGGGGAACGGCAGAAACUGACGGAACUUCCGGCGGACACGCAGACGAUUGAAGCCAAACCUUACCUGUGAGGAUGUCCGUUUCAAUUAUAAUAAAAUGGAGUGGACAAGAAUAUCCAGUAACAAAACUGACAGAAGAGGACACAGUGCUGGACUUGAAGGAAACAAUUAAAACUCUAACUGGGGUGCUGCCAGAGCGCCAGAAGUUACUUGGCUUGAAAAUCAAAGGUAAAGCUGCAGAAGAUGACGUUAAGCUGGGCGUGCUUAAACUGAAACCAAAUACUAAGAUUAUGAUGAUGGGCAGUAGGGAAGAGUGCCUGGAGGAAGUACUGGCACCACCCCCUGACAAUGAUGAUGUUAUCAAUGACUUUGACAUUGAGGAAGACGUUAUAGAAGUAGAAAACAGGGAAGAGAACUUGGCCAAAAUUGCACGCAGAGUAAAAGACUAUAAAGUUGAAGUGCUAAAUCAACCUCGGGAAGGGAAGAAGCUGCUAGUUUUAGAUGUGGACUACACGUUGUUUGAUCAUAGGUCGUGUGCUGAGAGUGGACUUGAGCUAAUGAGGCCGUAUCUUCAUGAGUUCCUCACUUCUGCAUAUGAAGAUUAUGACAUUGUUAUAUGGUCUGCUACCAGCAUGAAGUGGAUUGAAGUGAAAAUGAAAGAACUAGGAGUUACAACACAUGCUAACUAUAAGAUCACCUUCAUGUUGGAUAGUGCAGCUAUGAUCACAGUGCAUACACCUAAGAGAGGGGUAGUGGAGGUUAAACCGCUGGGUGUCAUAUGGGAUAAAUUUCCGGAGUUCUACACUAGAAAAAAUACGAUAAUGUUUGAUGACAUUGGUCGAAACUUCCUGAUGAACCCACAAAAUGGGCUAAAGAUCAGACCCUUCAUGAAGGCUCAUCUCAACCGAGAUAAAGACCGGGAGCUGCUGAAACUGUCUCAGUACCUGAAGGAGAUUGGCAAGCUAGAUGACUUCACAGACCUCAAUCAUAAGCACUGGGAAAGAUAUCUCUCUAAGAAGCAAGGGCAGUGAGAGCCCCAGGUGGAUCUUUCUGCCCUAGAUUGUGCACUCUUCAGAAGUAGGUGAGAAACUUUAACUGUGAUUGAACUCAGAACAAGUGCUGAGCACUGCAACAGUCGAAAACAAAAACGAGGAAAAAAACACAACGCCAAAGGGACUUAUCAACUGACGUGCUACCUGCAACUUACUUUCUACUUCAGAUAUCCCCACUGCUGGUCCUGCACUCAGGGCUAGUGAAUUGAACAAAGAACAAUGUGUUUCAGCAAAAUACUGACACACUGUUUGCAUACAUAGGAAAAUGUUCCUGCUGCAUCGCCAUAUACCCCUGUCUAAGUGUAGUUUUCUUGCUCUAUCAUAUGGUUGGUUGAAACCAGAAGUAAGUUAAUUGUAGGUUAUUUGAUGCAAGAGUAAGUUGUUCUUAUUUUUGACAAACGGACUCUCCUUGUAUGCUGAGUUUGGAUUAUAUAUGUGAUAAAGCAUUUGAAUUCCUACAUGAACAAUUUCUGUUUGACCCAAGUUUUACCAGAGGGAAUGUUUUAAGCUUGCCUGUCAGUGGAUUGAACUCCAGUGUAUAAGCAGUAACAAAUGAACUUUGGCCCUAGCCCCACUUCAGAGACCCUAUUUCCAAAUCUACUUUCAGCUAGUGCUAAGCUGUAUGGACAUAUGCUUGGUAUUUCAAGGUAGUGACUGUCCCAAUGACCCUUGCUUUACUGGCUGGACAUGUGUUACCGACCAUUGUGCCAUUUCAUGGUCUACACCCUGGAGAAUUUAUCUCCUCAUGUUUCAUUCCUGCUGCUCAUUGAUUCCUGCACCAAUGCACCUCAAACUGUUACUUUGAUAGCAUUGCUUCCUUCAGAUGCUGCUGAUGUUAUUCCAAACAAACUACUGACCAGUAGAGUGUUGCAUUUUCUGAAUGUUUUUGUAUGUGUUUGAGAUCCAUCAGUGAGAAAUCAACCUGGCUUUUGGUUUCUACCAAGCCACCUUACAUGGUGGGGCACCAGUGAUGAUUACUCUGCACAGCAAAAGGGCAGUCAUGGGCCCUGGUGAAAAUGCCUGUUUACACAGUGCAAGGAUAGCAAACGUUUUGCUCUAUAGCGAAGUGCAACUUUAUAUUCUAUUCCUAAGUGGUUUCUUGCAGCGAAAGGUAAAACAAAACCAAAAGCAUGCAAUAGUGAGCAUGCUAGCUGUUGCAAAGUUUUCCAUCAUUUUUUUACUGCAAUCAGUAACAAGAAUAUGGCAAGACAAUGACUGUCCAAUAGUAUUGAAGGGAGUGUGAGGCAAGAAAACCAUCUUAUUUCCAGAUAUUCCAAUGUAUGCAGCAGCUAUUGGAAGCACCCAAUAAGAUUAAAAUCAGGAGAUCUGGGCUCUGAAGUCUUAGUUCUAUGUUACCAUUCUCCCGUCACUCUGCUGAGUAAAAGAGCCCAGCCGAAGCAGCACAUGCAACUGAAUGCAGUAGUGCUUUAUGCCCAAGCUUUUUCUUACGCCACCUUUCCUUAUGCAACAAAGAACCGGCGAAUAACAAAAUGUGUGCUGGAGAUCAGCAGGGGUUCCCCUGCUGGAGUUGAAUGAAGGUCAAACUAUUCUGUUUACAGUUCAGCCUGGCUGAAAAGGGCCAGAAAUGUCCUGGAAUUCUUAUGUUGGUUUCUUCCUGUUGUGAAUUUUCAUUCAUUACUGCGAUGUGUUUAUUUUCAUUCUUUUAAAUAAUGAAAACAGACAUUCCAGGUUGAAUUCUGUAUUUAAAAAAAAGUGAUUCUCAGUGGAGCAAUAUCAAAGGUGUAAAUAUUAAAUAAAAUACCUGGUGACGUUC